ACGAUCUCUUUAAAAAAAAAAAAGAUCGGUUCAGAAUUUAUUAAAGUAAAUUUAACAAAAUAAAGUAAUUGGCUUUAUUUACCUAUGAGAGUCAGUGUGGUCCGGACCAUCUCUUCUUCCCUUUGCUUCUUCUUCUCGACAUUACAACGCGACGAAGAUUCUUGUUUCAGACAGGAGCUUUUUGUCCAAUUGCAAUCCCUUUAAUGUGCAAAAACCCAAGUCGAUUUUAAGUAGCUGUUAGUGCGGGAGAAGAAAAAUGACGACAACUAUUGGGUCUAAUUCUAAUCACAACAACCGCUCUGACGAUGGUUCUGUAACCAACAACAACAAUAACCCUAGUAAUAGGUCCUGGGGCACGGUGGUUUCAGCUCAAUCCGUAUCCACUAGUGAAAGUAUGGGCUCGCCCUCGAGCAAGAGCGAGCAAACCACCACCGUGGCUACUACAUCUGCUACCGACAGUGCCUUUAUACAGCUGAAUAAUUUGGAUAUUCAGGGUGACGAUGCUGCUUCUCAAGGACCUGCUUCUGGUGUCAAGAAGAAGAAGAGAGGACAGCGUGCGACUGGUCCUGAUAAAACUGGAAGAGGCCUACGUCAGUUUAGCAUGAAAGUUUGUGAAAAGGUUGAAAGCAAAGGAAGGACCACUUACAACGAGGUUGCGGACGAGCUUGUUGCUGAAUUUGCACUCCCAAAUAACGAUGGUACACCCCCUGAUCAGCAACAGUAUGAUGAGAAGAACAUAAGAAGAAGAGUAUACGACGCUCUCAACGUCCUCAUGGCUAUGGAUAUAAUAUCCAAGGAUAAAAAAGAGAUUCAGUGGAGAGGUCUUCCUCGUACAAGCCUAAGCGACAUUGAAGAAUUAAAGGCUGAAAGACUCUCACUCAGGAACAGAAUCGAAAAGAAAACAGCAUACGCCCAAGAGCUGGAAGAACAAUACGUAGGCCUUCAGAAUCUGAUACGGAGAAACGAACACUUAUACAGCUCUGGAAAUGCUCCUAGUGGCGGUGUUGCUCUUCCCUUUAUCCUCGUCCAGACUCGUCCUCAUGCGACCGUAGAAGUGGAAAUAUCAGAAGACAUGCAGCUCGUGCAUUUCGAUUUCAACAGCACUCCAUUCGAGCUCCACGACGAUAACUUUGUCCUCAAGACGAUGAAGUUUUGCGAGCAGCCGCCAUUUAACAACGCUCACAACAAUAACAGCCAACAAACUAAUAUUCUCAUGCUUGAAAACAAUACCGAAGGCAUUAGUACCGAUCCAGUGCCACCACCUCCGCCAGCGGAUAUGUACCAGUCUCAUCCUCAGCUGCAUGCUCAGCCACGUGUUAUUCCUACGCCUGUGACUAACAACGACGUCGCUCAGGCGACACCACCGCCUGUCUCGGUGAAGCCGGAGAAGUAAAACACAGCUGAAGCUCAACAGCCAUUGUACAAUAUCUGUAAAACUGUAGUUUUAUUAAGAAAGAAAAAAAAACUACCUGUUUUUUUUUUUGAUUUGACAAAGAGCUUAGCGGUAAAUUUGUACCGGUUUGGUAUACCAAAUCUAGGAUUGCUUUCUAAACCAGUUGGGUCUUGCGAAUUUGGUUUACAUGAUGCUUGGUUUUGUUCAA